UCAAAAGGGGGCAGGUUAAUGAGCAGCUCUUCUUCUAUUUGUGGGGGGAAAGAAGAGCCCGCCCAUCUCGCGGAAGCGUCUCAUUGGCCCUGCAGGACCUCUAGCGAAAUAAUGUGGAAGGUAAGAUCUAUCUGGAGGAAAUGCAAGAGGAUGUGCCUGAGUUUGGGGAGGAGGAAGAGGAAGAGGAUGCAGAUGUGCUAUUCCAAGAAAAAGUUUUUGAUCAUGCCCAGCAGGUUCCACCAAACAAUUAUGACAGGACAGAUGUUAAGGAACCAGAAGUGGAACAUGAACUAGAAAGAGAGGUGGAGAGCAGGGAACAAGGUCAGAGCUGAAUUCCUCAACACGGGCUGAUAGUUAGCGCUUUACCUGGACUAUGAGGAAGAGCCCUUUGUUACCCUGGUGGAUGGCAGUACUGGGAGAGCAACAGGGGAGUGCCAGAUUCAUCACGACUAAGACCUUCAUCUGCAAGUUUUUCAUUGGCAUCCCACAGAAGAUGAGUUUCACUGGAAAAUAUGAAGUGGAAAAUGAAGAAAAUUAUGACAACUUUAUGAAGCGCCUAGGUCUUCCUGAUGAUGCAAUUGAGAAAGGAAGAAAUUUCAAGAUAAUUUCUGAAAUAAUUCAGAAUAAUGAUGAAUUCACCUGGUCCCAGAUUUAUCCAGGAGGACAUACCUUGACUAAUAAGUUUGUUCUUGGCAAGGAAUCAGAGAUGGAGACAGUAGGAGGCAAAAAAUUCAAGGCAAUACUUAGAAAGGAAGAUGGCAAAGUGAUUUCUGACUUUCCAAACUAUCAUUAUACUGCAGAGAUUGCUGGGGAUAAACUUAUUGAGAUUUCUACAGUUGGUGAUGUAACCUUCAAGAGAAUCAGUAAGAAGCUGUCAUAAGAAGUAAAUUGGAGAAGAAAUAAUCCAGUCCUUAGCCAUACUGAAAAAUGAACAUGGUUAUAUAAAGCGAUAGACCUUUCUCUAAGUCUGUAUUUGUUUUGCAAACAAAUGAAAGACACCAUUUAUUUCCCAUAUAUAUUUUUCCCUCUUCCCUCUAUAUAACACAUUGGUGGAAUCCUUAAUUAUCUAACUAUUCCUAAUAAAGAAGAGCAAGAUUUCAGGCAUUGUUAUGUGGAAAUUUCCCAUAAUACACAUGAUAAAGAGUGAAUGAACACUUUUCUUUUUGCCAUCAUAUUGUGGCUGGCUUUCCACCACACACUACCGUAUGGCAAAACCAAACAAAUUACAUUUUGGCUCAGUACAUUCUGUGCUUCUAGCCACAACAGUUCAUCAACCAUAUUUUAGAGCAUGAUGUGAUGUGUGAAGGGUGGCUUUUAUAAACCAUCUAAUACAUAUGGUUAUAAACAAAUAAGCAGAA